UCUUCAUCCGUACUGCCAUCAACACCAAUCACCAUUCGUCCAUCGAGCAGAAAUCAACGACACCAGCGGCGUGCCAGCGGGAACGUCUAACGUCUCGUGAGCGUCGGCUGCGGCGGUGUUCUUGUGUGUGAGAAAGAGCGUGCUGAUGCCAUGCCGUCCGGCGGUCCAAGUUACGGCAGCUACUGCUGUGUGUCGUGGUGCUUCAACAACGGCAAAACCCAGAAGAAGCCAGGAACGAGUUUCUUCCGCAUACCACGGGACGGCAGGAUGACAGCAUGGAUGCAGUACGCUGGAAGAGACGAUCUUCUGAGUUCUUUGAGCGUCGCUUCUACUAGUGACUGCCACAUGACUGCAGAAGCUGCACUACAAGGAUCUGCGGAAGAGGCUUCGAACAGCGACCCCCACACAUUGAGGUGCCCUGAUGAGCGGGUUGGCGACUCCCUUGUAGCUGGCAAAGGGGCAUCUGCUGAUCUCGGCCUGCUGGAGGAAACCUUGACCAAUCGUUCAGUUGUGACAGAAGGAACUUCUGUGAUCGGCACCUUGCAACUUUCUUCCGACAGCAGUGUCCGAGGCGCUGAACAAGCUUCACAGGACACCCUAGAAGAUGUGUCUGCCAACAGCUCCAUGAAUGAGUGCCCUACUGCAAAUGAGCUUUCCUGCGUGCCAACGACAAGUUGUGCAUCAAAAAUGUACAAGCAAACCAUCAAACGUCUCCAAGCCAAAGUAGCAGCACAGCGGAAAACUAUCAAAAGACUGCUGAGACAGCCUCACAAGUCACCGUCACCGACUACAAAGGCUCUUGGCAUUAUCCGACCAUACGUCACUGAGGAGAGAAGGAACAUGGUGACGCUCCUGCAGUUGCCAAUUCCAAUGCAUGGGCGCCAUAAGGAGCGUUUCCUCUGGAGUUGA